AUGUCGCCCAGACCCGAAUCGCCGUCAAAGCCGUCCAGUGUGCGGUUCAAUGACGGACUCGAAAGACGGCCCUCGAUGGGGUCGCUCAAGUCUGGAAGCGGGCUGACCAUCAGCGGGCUCCCGAACAAUGCUGCCCCUCGCCCAUAUCAACCAGUACAACCAUCGUUGCUCCAUACGUCGGUCGUCCCGUCCCCCUCGCCCACCAGAACCCCUCCGCACCUGUUUAUCCCUCAUUCUGCCUUGAAACCAUUUCCCAAAGCACCCGCCUCUCCACCCGCGUUACACUCGUUCAACUCGGGAUCCACCACGACGUCCGAGGUGGCCCAUCACAGGGUCCGCCGCCCGUCCCUGCAAAGGGGUUCAUCUUCGCAAGGCCGGAGGGUCUGGUCAGAAGUGCUUCCCAAGCAGGAGACAUUCAAGCUGGCCCAUGGCCAGAAAGCCUCAAAGGUCACUGGAGGUUUUGAGACUUCGAGCGAGGAGUCUUCAUCGGAAGAUGGAAGAGGCGGCAACGGUACAGCGAAUGGCGCUGGUAUUCUUAACGGGCACACAGGUAAUGGCACGUCCUCCCAAACCGACUCCAACUGGGUUCCAGAGCCGAGAAGACGUUCAAAGAGUCUUGUAGUACCGUCAGGAAGAGGCGCCGCCGAGCUACUGCCGCCCACUAGCGUUCCACCGAAGCGGUAUUCCGGCCCGCGACCCAAACGCAAAACGUCGAGAGACAUGCUUCGCGAGAGGUCUUCGUCUAGAGCUUCAAGAGACGGCGGAAGGUCACCUUCCUUGAGUUCACAUCUCUCUGCUGGCAGGUCUGAAGGAGUUGCUGAAUCCAGCAACGAUCGCGCAAACUCGUUUCGCUCGACCAACGGAGGUGUCUAUGGGCCCCAUCGACAGAUGUCUUCCUCUUCCAGAACCAAUGGUGUUAAACGUGUCCGACACGAAGGAGGGAGGACCAGCAGCCCUGAUGGCAGUUUGAGAGGCGACGGAAAGGUCAUGGCGCAGGACGUCUUGGAGGACGGGUUCUCACCCAAGUCCAAGCAUGAAAGCAGGAGCGAUCUCUUUGCAGAAAGUCUUGGAUUGGGUGGAUCCCAUACAAAAGACUUGGCUUUGAACACAGACCAAAUACAUAGUCUAUUUGGCGACACUGAUCUUGCUUCCGCAAUACGCAUCAUGAACAGUGGCCAGCUCGCAUCCCCCCGCCCGUCUCUCGCCAAUGCUAUCAAAGACCCCACUAUAACCCACAAAGCAGUGACGGCAGAGUACCCUCAUGCCUCUCCGUUCCUCGUCUCUGCCCCGCCCCCUCUGAUCCAAGACCACGGUAUCAACGGGCGAGAUCGUUCAGUCUCAAUCGCAAGUACUAUCACCACGACUCCUCAUAUGCGAUCUACUUGGUCUCCGCACCAAGUCGCCUUUGAUCCUUCAGAUGUCUCGCGGCGCAGGUCUAAUUCUCGGUCAAGUGUGGCGGAGCCUAUGGGCGGACACACGCCGUUCACACACCACGUGCAAGCGAUGCCUCAAAUGGAGGAAGAACCCUCUGACGAUGAGAAUGGUCUUACUUUGCCGCGACAGGGCCCGUCUGAACUGGAAGCAGUGACCCCUGCCCUCAGUGACGAAGGAGGUAUGGGUCAGAAGGAUAAAGACAAGAAAAAGUCCAAGAAGGGAUUGGGGAAUUUCUUCAGUAUGGGAAGACGGCGGAGUGGCGAAGCUGCUACUCCAGCUCCGGUGGAGAGGAAAUGGUCGGAAAGCCACCAUGUCAAUCUGCACCGGAGCGAUACGCAAAGAGCUGCCGAGCAUGCCAGGGAUAAGGAAGCAAAGGAGCGAGAGGCCGAGAUGCGGAGAAUCGAGCUGGAAAAGCGACAGGAGGAAAUCAUGCAAGAACGAAGAUAUCGAGCUCUCACUCAAGUGGCGGCACAUCCCAACUCGGAAAGGCUGGCCUACAAGGCUGGUGCCCAUCUUCGGGCCUACUAUCACCACGUCUAUGAUUGCGUUGACAAUCCUCCUCGUCUCAAUUUCACCAAGAUGCUGCGCUGGCUGAGCGAGACCGACAAGCAGAAUGCUGCAAGAUCCCAGUAUCACGAAUCUCUGCAGCGUGAGCAGCACGAAGAUGGAGGCACUGUUGGGAGAGACUCUGUUCAUUCGUCAAAAGUCAAUCUUGCCGGCUCAGUCGGCAGCAGUCUCUCGCCGUCUCACUCGUCGAAACGAAAGUCCAACGAGGUCUCACCUCAUAAAAAGACUAAACCUCGAAGGUGGAACUAUACCGUCGAAGACAUUCAAGUUUUCCGCGAGUCUGGCGGCAUCGUCAACUACUUUGUACCGCCUAGACAGAUGCGUCCCAGCGUGGAUAUUCUGCCCGAAGAAGGUCUUUCUUCCUUUUCCAAUGGGCAUGGGUUUGGCAGAGUCUCAAGCAAAGACCACGACUUUGGACCCCAAUCUCCUCAAAGCCAAGACCGUCACGGCGAUGACAGUUCCAUGGCAGAAAGUAGCAACAGAGGCUAUUCGCAAGAUAUGCGUUUCAAAAGCGCCACUGCUUCUAAUCAGUCUCUGGCGGAGGUUAACGAGUCUCUGGAACCGGAGAGCCUAAAGUACAUUUCUAGAUCUACCUUUAUGGACACUGGCGGAGACAGAUCGUUAUCGGGGCGCCGAGACGGACGCAUAUCCCAUCGAAGCCACCAUAGCUUGAGUGCUGUUGGCAACAACUCUCUAACUCAUGCUCUCAAACAGCCAUUCGAAAAGCUAAGCAACGCCGCUCGCAAACAGCGGACUAUGCCCUAUCUGCAUAUGAGCGGCGACCGCGACUCAAAUCAGCCAGACGACUUUGAGCGAUCCACAGAUCACCCCGAUAUCGGUUUGCCUCAGGUGCCUGUCUCGCAGAGGGCUGCCGGCCAUACUAGCCGGGAUUCAUUCGGCUCGGUCGGGAACAAGUCCAGCUGGGGACAAUCUCAGAAAGGCACGCCUUCGCGUGGUAGGGAGGCAGGAUCGUCUCUCUUUCGACGUCACGGGCCUGUCAGCCAAGACUCGCUGGAUGAAGAAGAGGGUGGGAAGCGCAGACUUUUCAUUAAAGGGCACCAUCGUCGGGGUGUACUUGACGAGGUGAGAAAGCGGCAAGAACGGGGAGGUGGCGAGUCUGUUGGGGCCCGAAACGAGGCCCUCAAAGAGGCCGAGAUGGUCUAUGCCAAAGAACAGCAGUUCAAAGCUCUUCAGCUCCAGGCCGAGGAAGAGGAGAAAGUGAGAAUGACGAGAGAUGAAGAAUCUGCUCUGCUGAAGAUCAUGGACCUUGAAAAUGAGAUCUACGAAGAGCGACAAGUAUUACUCCGGCAAGCUAAAGAUCGUCUCAACACUGCCAAGCACGAUAUCGACAUUGUCGACGAAUCCAUCCGACAAUACCUUGAUCAGGUCGAUCUGCUCCAAGACGAAGCCAAAAUCAGCGACGACAUCUUCAUCGAUUUCUCACUGGCCGAUCCCAUCAAGGCGAGGUAUCAGAAAAAGAAGUCUAUGGAGUUUAUGGAAGAUCAAGGCGAGCACCGGGACACCCUGCCUCCAUUGAGGUCUUUCGGAAGUGCGGAAAGCACGUCUGAAGGCGGUUCUCGAAUAUCUGUUACACGCCGCAAUCGAUCUCAAAAUGGCGGUCCGCAGCCCUCUUCUGUUACAGCAGCCCCUAGAAAGAAGAACCCCCUGGCUUCUUCUCUUCAUCUCCAGCCUCUCAGGGCCGUGCAGCCUCGAGCCCGUCCUCGGCGGACGUACUUGGCCCCGAAUGGAUUUGAUCGAGUCGACCCAGUCACUCAGGCUAAGCUCAUGAUCGAGUUUGGUCAAGACCGCCAGAGCGCGAUGUCUAAAGAGAGGCAGGAGCUAGCGGAUGAGCUAUCAAUGAUGAUACAACAAGUUGAGGGGAUGAUAGAACAAAAGGACGAAGUCAGAUAUUGGGUCAGUGAAGUCUUGGAACGAGCCAGCACGUCGAGGACACAGCUUGAUCGGUUGAGAGCUCGGGAGCAUUCCUCUCUGGAUCUGACGCAACUAUCCAGCCAGCGAGAUAUCCUUGUUGACAAAGGCUCGAGGAUUCUCGGAGCCCUCUUUCGUCUUGGUUAUGCUCUUUUUCAAUACGCCAAGCUCCCGUGUCGAGUUCUUGCUCUCAUCCUUCGGCCGGCCUUCUUCAUCCUUGGCAUCGUUUGGUCCAUCAUUUGGCUACCUUGGGCUCUGUUCAAGAAGACGAGGCGCGGAGCACCCCAGCGGGUCACGAUUGUGGAUAGCAGCAAUGCCAACAUUGUAGUGAAAGAAGAAAGAACGGGCGUUUCGGAUGUGGUCUACACGACCACUGUUUUGGCUUGUGGUGCCGCUUUAUUCUUUUGGUAUUACGGCACCGAUUCAUAG